AAAACCACUGAACAAGAGCGAUGUGUAUCUUACGACAUUCCAUGAAGGUCCUUCUUCUUAUCUGUCAACUGCCCUUGCUCACAAUACAGGACGACGACAAGUGCCAAGCGAUCACAGUGGCCGAAGCUAAGGACCAUCUAAGGCUAAAUGGUGGGGGGCCUUUGGGUGCAUUUAACAAAAACUACAUGGCCUUUACAUUAGACGAAGUGAAAAGAAACUUUAAAAACCUGAUCACCAUGCAGCCAGGAAACUUCUCGGCUUUGGCCACCUGGGCUCCUUUAAGUUUCCCCGCCUCUUUAGGAAUAGGAGAAUGCAUGAAAGAUUCAGGAAACUGCGAAGGGUGCGGCGUCGUAACAGACCGCGGCGUGAACUUUUAUCCGCGCUACGUAAACGAGGUCAAUUGCAAUAGCUUAGGCAACGGUUGCGGGCAGAAUCGUGGAAAAUGCGAAGCAACAGUUAUGACGCAGAAGUUCUUCAAAGACCACGGUGCAGGGACCUGCAAUAAGGAUUUGAAAUUGGAUUUUUAUGACAUGAAAAUGUGUUGUCAAUGUAUCUUGCUCUGAUGCAAUGGCAAGUGAAAACUUGGUCAAGUGACUCUUCCAACCAACCAAUCGGGUUUAUCGAGUACGAACUUCUGCCAUUUUCUUGGCUGCAAUCUUUGACAAAUUUGUACCGUAAAGUAGGUAAUAGAAGUUAGAGUGAUUCCGAUGGUCGUAGUAAAAAGAAGUUUCCAAUCUCUUGCAUACAAAAUGAUUAGUUUUACAUGUGUAUUGUCUUUUUAACCUGUCCUCUCUCGUCCAGGCAAAGGAAACACGCGGGUGGAAACUAAGUUCGUGUUGAGUUUUAUCAGUAUCAGUGUAACGUAACAACAGAAUGAAAAUUACAAACAUUAAACGAAAUGGUAUUUGUUUGUUUGA